UUGAUAACAUGAGAAAACCAGUUCUUUGAUUUCUCGAUUUAUGAUUAACAGUUAACUGGAUUAAUUGUGAUCAAUUAAAUUUGACAAUUAAUCAGUGAAAAUCUCCUUUCCUAGUCAAUGUAAUUUAUGUUAACUUUUUUUUGUCUUAAACAUUUUCGUUUACAAUGUGAACUAAUCAAUAAUUUAUUAAUCUCUUCAUCAAUUUAAUAAACCAUUUUUCUUUCACCAAGAUGAACAUCAAUUUGAAUACUCCAAGUUAUCUUGGUCAACCUGAAAUUGAUGAGAAAAUGAGAUCUGGUUUUUGUGAACCUUAUCGAGGGACAGUUUGUUCCCAGGUAAUUGGUAAUCAAACAAUUUACGUUGAUUCUGAAGGUAGUCAAGAUUCAAUGGAACAAAAAAUUGGAGCAGUUUUCACCGUAAUUAAAUCAUCUCGAGAUGUUUCCCUUCAAUGUCAUCGAUUUGCAAUUCCUUCAUUGUGUUUCUCUGGUUUUCCUCUUUGUAAUCAAGAUCUACCUCAACCUAAACCUAGACAGGUUUGUCGCGAUGAAUGUGAAAUGUUGGAGCAUCAGAUAUGUCAUCUUGAGUACACAAUCGCUAAACGUCAUCAGUUAAUUGGUCAAGCAAAUUUAUUACCUGCCUGUGAGAAAUUGGCUCCAUCUGGAUCGUUAGAAAGUGCUGAUUGCGUGCGAUUGGGUGUACCUAAUGUUGUCCAAGUUGUCCAAGAUGAUACAUGUUAUAAUGGAAAUGGUGAAAAUUAUCGAGGAACAACUUCUAGAACAGUUUCUCGAAGCGAAUGUGCUCCUUGGCAUGAACAAGUUUUCUACAAAACUGCUGAUUAUCCGGAAUUAAUUGGUGGACAUAAUUAUUGUCGUAAUCCAGGGGGAAUGGAGUCACAACCUUGGUGUUUUAUCAGAGAUCCAGAGAUGAGGAAAGUUCAUUGUGAUGUACCAAAGUGUGUUGACAAUUUCUGGCUUUAUGUUGUUGUUCCAAGUCUUGGUGCUCUUGUAAUGUUUAUACUUUUGUUGACUUUAUGCUGCCUACGACGAAAGCCACGAUCUAAAUUACCUGGUUCACAAUUGAAUUGUGGUCGUCAAUCAGAAGGAUCAAUAACCAAUUCUCAAACAAGUCGUAAUAAUAUAAAUGCAAGUGGAUCUUCAGUUGAAAUGAAUUCACUUUUACCAAAGAAACAAUCACAUGCAACUGAAUAUUCAUUAUCAUGUUUGAAGUUUAUUGAAGUUCUUGGUGAAGGUGCUUUUGGUAAAGUAUAUCGAGGUGAAUUAAUGAUGUCACUAACUGAUACAGUUCCAAUUGCAAUAAAGACAUUGAAAGAAGAUGCAAACAUGAAGACUCGUCAAGAUUUCCAAAGAGAAGCUGAACUAAUGGGAGAUCUGAUCCAUCCAAAUAUCGUUUGUCUUCUUGGUGUUUGUUUCAAAGAAGAACCCAUGUGCAUGAUGUUUGAAUUUAUGUCGGAAGGAGAUUUACAUGAGUAUUUGAUUACUCAUUCGCCGAUAACUAAUGAGAUGGUUGGUGGUAAUAUCGGUGGAAUUGGAGGAAUUGGAGGUGUUGGUGGUGUUGGAGGAGGUAAAGAAAAGGAUGGAAGUCGAGCUCGAGUAUUGGAUAUAAAUGAUUUUCUUCACAUUUCCACUCAAAUAGGAGCAGGAAUGGAAUACCUGGCAAGUCAUCAUUAUGUGCAUCGAGAUUUGGCUGCUCGAAAUUGUCUUGUCUCUGAUCAUUUGACGGUAAAAAUAUCGGACUUUGGUCUUUCUCGAGACAUUUAUGCAUCAGAUUAUUAUCGAGUUCACUCAAAAUCUUUACUUCCUGUUCGUUGGAUGCCACCAGAGUCCAUAUUAUAUGGGAAAUUCACCAGUGAAUCUGAUGUUUGGUCUUUCGGUGUUUUACUUUGGGAAAUUUUCUCUUAUGGAUUACAACCUUAUUAUGGUUACACUAAUCAACAAGUGAUCGAUAUGAUACGAGGUCGUCAUCUUUUACCAUGUCCAUCAGAAUGUCCACCAAACAUUUACUCUCUAAUGAAUCAAUGUUGGACCGAGAAUCCAUCAGGUCGACCAACAUUUAGUCAACUUCAUCAACGAUUGAGAAAUUGGAAAGCAGUUUAUAGUAAUACAAUUGCAUCAACAACUUUACCAUCAGCAAGUAGCCAUUCAUCUAGUCAUUCAGCAAUUAAUCUCAUGGGAUCAACAUUAUCUAAUCCCUAUUCUCAUCACCACCACAACCACAAUCAACACCAACACCAACAACAACUUUCUCUAACACUUGGAAAUAGAUCCAAUGUUAACAAUACCUCAUCAAAUCUUCACCAUCAUCUACUUCAAUCACCUCAUCAACCAACCACUUUAACCCAACACUAUGGAUUAAGUUCAACAAUCGGUCGCCAAAACAAGGAACCAUCAUCAAUACUACCUCAGCAUCAAUUUCCGGUUAUGAAUCACCAGACAAUCCAACAGCAUUUCAAUAACGCACAACAAAAUCAACAACCUUAUAUACUCAAUCAACAUCAUUUUAUCACAACAAAUCUUGGAUCUAAUUCACCUUCAUCAAUGAGUAAUCGAAGCCUUCAAACAAUGAAGGCUCAUACAUUCAAGAAUCUUCAUAAUACUUAUAAUUAAGAUACAAUUAAGUAAAUCGUUGAGCAAUAGCAACUAAAUGAUGGGAUCAAAAUCAAAUCAGUUACUGACCAUAAAAUUCAUAUGAAAUCAAUCAAAUGACUGUGAGAUUAACCAGCGAGAGAGGAAAAGUUAAAUUGCUCAAAUUUUACUCAUUGUAAAAACUUAAUUGUAACUUCUAAUUGAAGAAAAUAAUAUGAAUCAAUCAACUCAUAUAACCGAAUUUUUAUCAACAAUUUACACGUGACUUGUUUAAUGGAAAAAAACAAACAAACAAACAACAAUUACAUUUAAUUUUCUUUUAAUUCUUUUUUCCAACUUUAAUUAUCAACCUAAAUUCAAUCCAUAGAGUUACAAGUUGAAUUGUUAAUUGUUCUCAUGUGAGAAAUUAAAUUAACUCUCAACUUCCUCUUUUCUUUUUACCCUCUUUUCUAUUUAAUAAACAUGUUCUUUUUCCACUGA